AUGCCCAGUAGUGCCCAUAUUACAGCUAAACAAAUUUCCAAAGAGACUGACAAAGAUAAAAUAGUGUCUGUUGUAUUGAGCAGUGUCAAAAAUAACAAAUUACCAAAUAAAGUGCAAUAUGUUCUUAAGGCCAUUGGGGAGAGUGUUACAAUCUCCAGUAGUCUAAGACCUCGUCUUAAAAAAGUAAGCCCAGGCCAUUUGGAAACCACUAAAAUGGAAAAUAGAGAAAGAAAAAGAAAUAGGCAAAGAUACUCUAGAGUCAAUAGUGCUCUAACUAAGAACCCUUUCCACCCAUGGCAACGGCCUAGAGAACUAUGGGAGAGUCUUCAUACUGAUUUUGUGAAGUUUCCCAAGAGAAUGUAUCUGGUUGUAAUGGAUACCUACAGUAAGUGGCCAGAAGCAAUCAAAAUGUCACAUUCUACAGUCACUUCUACCAUAGGGGAUGCAUUAAUUCCAUUGUUUCCUCAGUUUGGUCUGCCUGAAAUGAUUGUGUAG